GCCCCGCCCCUCGACGAGAGGCGCAGAGGAGGCUUGUAUUUUGUGAAAGCAAUUUUCUUUUCGCGGAGUGGCGCCGAUUUGUUUUUCUUCACUCACUGGGUGCUGCUUUUUGAUCGCCUUCCCGUCUCCCCGCCCCUCACUUGGUUUUUUCGAGCCUUUCUGCAGUUGCCGAAAGUGUAGCGGGUUCAGAGCUAAUUUGUGGAAACCUUUCUGGCCGCGGUGGCGCGCGGAGAAACCUGGAAAUUCACAAGGCAGUACUGAGUUCUGUUGUACAACUGGAUGGCUACUCUGCUUUUUCUUUCGACAGGACUACUGCGUCUGGGUAUAAAGCCCAUUUGAGUAUGAGUUAACAAUGAAGCGACGGUCAGAUGAACAGGAUCCUGUCUUUUCAUCGCAACAGCGGCGUCUGACAAGCAAUACAGAAGGAUUUCAGCACCGUGUUUUGGCACCAGCGCCAGCUUUGUACGAAGCUGUCACAGAAAACAUGCAACCCACUACUGGCAUUCAAUAUUCUGUUCCUCAAGGUUACCAGGUUCCAGGAGUGGCUCAAAGUUCUGGUAGUCAUGCUCAUUCCCCAGGGACAUCAGUUCAUAAUGCCGCUCAUCAUCACACUCCAACUAUGCCAGCACACAGUGGACCAGUGGUACAGCAAAACCACCCUCAUCCCUCAGCACCCACUGCCUCUGCCCAGGGUCAGCAGCAGUUUCAGAGGCUUAAAGUUGAAGAUGCCUUGUCCUAUCUAGACCAGGUGAAGUUACAGUUUGGUAGUCAGCCACAGGUGUAUAAUGAUUUCCUUGAUAUUAUGAAAGAAUUUAAAUCACAAAGCAUUGAUACACCAGGGGUGAUCAGUAGAGUAUCUCAACUCUUCAAGGGUCAUCCAGACCUAAUCAUGGGCUUCAACACAUUUUUACCUCCUGGAUACAAAAUUGAAGUGCAAACUAAUGAUCUUGUAAAUGUUACAACACCAGGACAAGUGCAUCAGAUCACACCUCAUGGUAUUCAAAUUCAGCCUCAGCCCCAGCCAACACAUCAGCAAUCUCAGGCCCCUGGAGCAGCCACUCCUGUUACAGCGUCUUCAGCUGCUCAGUCAACACCAGUCAAAAUCAAUAAGCCUUUGCAGUCACCAGCAUCAGCUCCAGCCAGUCAGCCCAGUCUCUCAGUCCCUGCAUAUGCCUCUCCACGCUCUCCUCCUGUGCAGCCACAUACGCCUGUUACUGGCACACCAACUUGUGUCACUCCGCUGCAAAACAACCAGCCAGUAGAGUUCAAUCAUGCCAUUAAUUAUGUCAAUAAAAUAAAGAAUCGUUUCCAGGGUCAACCUGACAUUUACAAGGCAUUCCUGGAAAUACUGCACACCUACCAGAAGGAACAACGAAAUGCAAAGGAAGCUGGAGGAAACUAUACUCCAGCCCUUACAGAACAAGAGGUUUAUGCACAAGUGGCUCGUCUUUUUAAAAAUCAGGAAGACCUCCUCUCAGAGUUUGGCCAGUUCUUGCCUGAUGCUAACAGUUCUGUACUUUUAAGCAAGACCACUGCAGAGAAGGCAGAGUCAGUACGGAAUGAUCAUGGCGGCACUGUCAAAAAACCACAGCUGAACAAUAAUAAACAGAGACCAAACCAGAAUGGCUGCCAGAUUCGACGGCACCCAGGAACAGGGGCCACUCCCCCAGUUAAGGUAAAAAAACCCAAACUGCUUGGCCUCAAAGAGCAGCCUUUGACAGAAGCAGGCAAACAUGGAGCUGGCACUGAGUCACUUUUCUUUGAGAAGGUUAGGAAAGCUCUACGCAGCACAGAGGCAUAUGAGAAUUUCCUGAGGUGUCUGGUUAUUUUCAACCAGGAGGUGAUUUCUCGCUCAGAACUGGUACAUUUGGCAUCACCUUUUUUAGGGAAAUUUCCAGAAUUGUUUACGUGGUUUAAAAAUUUCCUGGGCUACAAAGAGUCUUCACACAUUGAGAGUUUCCCCAAAGAAAGGGGCACUGAGGGCAUCGCCAUGGAGAUUGAUUAUGCUUCUUGUAAACGACUUGGUUCAAGCUACAGAGCACUACCUAAGAGCUACCAACAACCUAAGUGUACUGGCAGGACUCCGUUAUGUAAAGAGGUUUUGAAUGACACUUGGGUGUCUUUUCCUUCAUGGUCAGAAGAUUCAACUUUUGUAAGUUCAAAAAAGACCCAGUAUGAAGAGCACAUUUACAGGUGUGAAGAUGAAAGGUUUGAGCUGGAUGUUGUUUUAGAAACAAACCUUGCAACAGUACGUGUUUUGGAGGCAGUGCAGAAAAAGCUAUCUCGUAUGUCUGCAGAAGAACAAGCAAAAUUUCGAUUAGACAACACACUUGGUGGUUCUUCAGAGGUCAUUCACCGAAAAGCAAUUCAGAGGAUAUAUGGUGACAAGGCACCUGAUAUAAUAGAUGGGCUAAAGAAAAAUCCAGCAGUUUCAGUUCCAAUUGUUCUUAAAAGGUUAAAAACAAAAGAGGAAGAGUGGAGAGAAGCCCAGAGAGGUUUUAAUAAGAUUUGGAGAGAACAGAAUGAAAAGUAUUAUUUAAAGUCACUGGACCAUCAGGGCAUUAAUUUUAAACAGAAUGAUACCAAAGUGCUACGUUCAAAGACACUACUUAAUGAGAUAGAGAGCAUAUAUGAUGAGAGACAAGAGCAAGCAUCGGAGGAAAAUGCGAUUCCAGUAGGACCACAUUUAACCCUGUCAUAUGAGGACAAGCAGAUCCUGGAGGAUGCUGCAUCUCUUAUUAUCCACCAUGUUAAAAGGCAGGCUGGUAUUCAAAAAGAAGACAAAUAUAAGAUCAAACAGAUCAUCUACCACUUCAUACCAGAUUUGCUAUUUGCUCAAAGAGUGGACCUUUCUGACGUGGAGGAAGAAGAUGAGGAGGAAAUGGAUUUAGAUGAAGGCAGCACUAAAAAGCACAAUGGAGUGGCAGGUGGAGUAGGGACUGCAAGUAACAGCCCCUCCAAGUCUAAGUUACUGUUUACUAAUACGGCUGCCCAAAAACUGAGAGGCACAGAUGAAGUAUAUAACCUCUUCUUUGUUAACAAUAACUGGUAUAUUUUCUUAAGACUCCAUCAAAUCCUGUGCCACAGGCUUUUGAGAAUUUAUGGUCAAGCAGAGAAGCAGAUUGAAGAUGACUGUCGUGAAAGAGAAUAUUUGAGCUUAAAAAGAGACAAGAGUGAGAACCCAGCCAUUCAGCUCAGGCUAAAGGAACCAAUGGAAGUAGAUGUUGAAGAUUACUAUUCAGCUUUUUUGGAGAUGGUGAGGAAUUUGCUUGAUGGGAACAUGGAUGCCUCUCAGUAUGAGGAUUCCUUAAGGGAAAUGUUUACCAUUCAUGCUUAUAUUGCAUUCACAAUGGACAAACUUAUCCAGAGUAUUGUAAGACAGCUACAGCACAUUGUAAGUGAUGAAAUCUGUGUGCAGGUGACAGACUUAUACCUGUCUGAAGGUUUAACUGGAGCCACAGGUGGCUUAUUAUCCACUCAAGCAUCCAGAAUGACUUCUGAGGCAGCUUAUCAGCGCAAGGCAGAGCAGCUAAUGUCUGAUGAGAAUUGUUUCAAGUUAAUGUUUGUGCAAAGUCGAGGUCAAGUUCAACUGACUAUUGAACUUCUGGAUACAGAUGAGGAUAACUCUGAUGAGCCAGUGGAAGCUGAGCGGUGGUCAGAUUACGUAGAACGUUACGUAAACUCCGAUUCUGCUUCUCCAGAGUUGAGAGAACACCUGGCACAAAAGCCUGUGUUUCUGCCGAGGAAUCUGCGUCGUAUACGGAAGUGCCAGAGGGGAAGAGAGCAGCACGAAAAGGAAUGUAAAGAGACAGGUGGUAAGAAGACCCUUGAGAAUGUGGAAAACUUGGACAAAAUGAAAUGUAAUUUUAAGCUAAAUUCGUACAAGAUGGUGUAUGUGUUCAAGUCAGAAGACUACAUGUACAGACGGACCGCCCUAAUGAGAGCUCAUCAGUCACAUGAAAAAGUAAGCAAGCGUCUACACCAUCGGUUCCAGAGUUGGGUAGACAAGUGGAUAAAAGAACAUGUCACUGAAGAUAUGGUGACAAAUACAAACAAAUGGCUAAUGGGAGAAGGUCUUGACGAGCUGUUACCAUGCACCACCAGUUGCAACAUGGAAAUUUUACACUUCAUGAACAUUAAUAAGUACAGAGUGAAGUAUGGCACAACUUACAAGACAUCGUAACUCCUUUUUGUAAUUUGUUCUUUGUUCAUUUUUCAAUUAUGUUUAUGUACAUGCUUAGUAACAGGUAUUCAUUAUUGUUAUAUACAUACCGGGCAAGACAUAUAUGAAGGGAGGUUGAUUUUGGUAUUGGAUAGUUUUUGUUUUUUACGGUAGCAGUUAGUACAAUCUUGGUGCCAAAAUAAGAUCAACAUUUGAUUGUCCAAGUCCCAACUCUUCGCUCUUGCUAACGAUGUGAAAUUGUGAAGUCUAAAACCUAAACCACAUUUUCAUCUUUCUGAAUGAUUCAAGGCUCAUUAUAGCUGAUAUGACAUAUUUAAGCACCUUUUAUUAGAAAAUAUGUUGAAAACUGUUAGUAUAGAAUUUAAAACUGGUACAGGAUUUGAAAAUAAUUACAAAACCAUACACAGGCAGUGACAUGCUGUGACAGAAUUUAACUAGCACGCUGCUGAUAUUUUUUAUUUUUUUCUUUUGUACAAAGCUGUGUUUCUGUGAUCUAUAGAAGCUAUAUUCUAUGAAUUUAUUUGGUAAACAGGUGUCUAAUCUGUAGCAGAAAAGAGCUGGUGUUUUGUAAUGAGCCUUAGAAUGCAUGUGUUUUGAAAACCAGACUGAAAUGCGAAAUCACAAUUUUAGUACAUUUCUUAUUAAUAGAGGAGGAGGGGAAGUAAGAGUCAGAAUGAAACUAGUAUCUCUCAUAAUGAGGGGUAUGAUAAAUGCAACUCGGCAUAAUUUUUAUUAUUUUACUGUACAACUGUCUCAGUGAUUUAACUUUUUUAGUUGUAUUUAGGGAUAUAAAUGAGUAGAUUUUGACCCAGCUUACCUUUACCAAAACCCAAGUUUGCUUUCUUAAAAUGGAACAGAAACAGUGAACAACAUGUUACUCUGUUAACUAAACUUUUUUUUUUUUUAAGAAAUUAAAUUUCAGUGAAAAUAGUCCUAAACACAAUAUGCAAGGUGUAUUGUGUGAAAAAUGGCGAAUUUCUGAAUUUACUUGACUCUUGAUAUAAGCAUACCAAGGCACACGUUACUUGUGCUCUGCUCUUCCUUCUCUAGUGAAGAACCUUUAUAUCUGGUGGACGUUCUAAAUAAAACAUCAUUUUUUGUACCCACAAAGCAAGAAGACUGCCCAUACUAAACUGUAAAUAAAUUGUACAUAGUAUCAGCCCUUUUUUUAUUACCGAGCUCUGCUUUGAUGUGCUAGUGUAUUUACAACUUUACUGUAUACCUUUAGGGAGACGUGGCUUAAUUAGCUCUUAACAGAAAUAAGAAACCAUUAAUGCAGUUUUUACCAAAGGGAGUUUAUUAUAGUGAUACAGUUUUUUGUUUAUUUUUUUCUUUUGUGAUUUUUUUUUUUUUGUGUGUGUGUGUGUGUGUCUGGGUGUUUUUAAGUAAAAAAAGCCAAUUUAAUGAGAAUAAUUUUCUUUCAGAAUUAUGACAGGAAUAUUAAAGAAAAUGUCUUACCAAGAAAAACCAUUCAAAUAUUCUAGUUUUUAUAUUUAAAACAGUAAGCUUAGCAGUAAGCUUUUCUUUUACAAUGUUAUAUGAACUGCUGUCUUGGGCAGAAAGUAAGAUUGCUAUAAUGGAAAUGGCGUAAAAAUGUCUAUUGGGUGAUGCGUGUGUCUAAUCCUUGAGAAUCUACCUGAAUUGGAUUUUGACAUAAAACUGUUUUCUUAAUAUAGUUAAUCCCUUAACGAUUUUCCUCUUACAGUUUUUCAACUUGAAUUUUACACAAUUUAAUGCUGUUGCACUGAUCAUUUAAAAGAAAACAUGGUUCAAUUUCUGUUAGAAAUGGUUUAAACGAAUUUUUAAUAAAACUGUCCCAGCAUGUCUUUUUGUGGAUUGUCAUGUCCCUUUUUAUUUCAGUAUAUUUAAUUAUAAAUAAAAUGGACAUUUGUAGCAGA